AUGUUCCGCCUACUCAGGAGGAGCGUCAGGCCCUGGCAGGGCAGCAAAGCAGAGGCUUGGCUUCAGCCUCCUAUUCCCUUCACAGCACCGUCCUUGAUGAGGGGUCAGUGUUGGGAAGGGACCACAAGUAUCCUUCCUGGGAGGGUGUUUAGCCCAAGACUGUCUUGGAGCAGUCUGAUCUCUGUCCUUAGGUAUCGAGGGAUAGUCAUUGAGCAGGCCCAGGGAAGAAUCAACUUGUCCUCUCUGGCAGUGCAGGGUGCCCCUGGGCCUACUGGGGGCGCUGUUGGGGGACAGGCUGCAGCUCUGCAGGAGACUCUACUUUGUUGUGGAAGGGCUGCUCCCAGGAUGGAUAGGCCGGACAGCAAGCUCCCUGUGUCAGGAGGCCUGUAA